ACUUCCGGAGUCCUCUUCCUGGCGGACAUUUUGACUUCUUCAAGCUGCCCACCGGCUCAUGGACUUCAUCAGUAAGUCCAUCGCGGGAAGGAGGAGACGUGGGAGGCAGCGUCCGGCUGUGCAGGGUGUGUCUCAGCCUGUUGAACCGCAACCUUCGGGAUUGGAGUCUCUUUGCCUCCCCGACUCCUCUCCGCUGACAGAGUUCACUCAGCGUCACCCCAUUGAACCUCCAGCCUCUGUUCCCGCCGCCGCUCAGGUCCCGCAGCCCAGGGCGCAGCGUCCAGCACAGAUAUGAACUUUGAGGACGUGGCCAUUGUCUUCUCUCAGGAGGAGUGGGGGCUCCUUGAUGAGGCUCAGAGACUUCUGUACUGCGAUGUGAUGCUGGAAGUUUUUGUACUCGUCUCAUCUGUAGGAUGUUGGCAUAAAAUGGAUGAUGAGGACUUCUGUCCUGAGCAGAGCAUAUCUGUACAAGUUGAGUCACAGGUCGGGGCUUCUAAGACAGCUCCAGCAACCCAGAGGAUCCAUCUGAGUAAGCAUUGUUUCUCUACGUUAAAAGAUAUUCUGCACCUGACUGAGUCACAAGCAGUGGACUUUGAGCAGAAAGGCUUCUUCAUUGAUGCAUGUGUGAGAGACUCCUGUUUCAGUGCAAAUCCUCACCAGCCACAGAGGGAUUCCAGUGUAGAGAAGAUCUGGAAAGAAGACAUGGACAGGGCCUCAUUUGUGACCAGGUGCAGCUUCUAUUUAUCUUGGGUGCCUUCAACCAGUAGGGAGGUUGGGAAAGUCUUCCCAGCAAUCUCAGAGCUUCUCCAGCACCAGGCGCCUCUCAACACUAAGGAGCCACACAGUGGCAGUGAGAUUUCACAGGAAUAUCUUGGUGGAAAAAGUCUUCCACACACUUGUAACUAUGAAAAAUUUGGCAGCCACAACCAGAACGUUGUUCAGCAUCAGGGUGCCUGCUCUGGAGAAGUGAACUAUGACAGUAACAAAUGUGGGAAAGUUUUUAGAGGAAGCUUUAACCUCCUUCGAACUGGAAGAAUUCACCCUAGAGAAAAGCCAUAUGAGUGUACUGAUUGUGGGAAGUCCUACAGGCAAAAGUCUCACCUCACUGAUCACUACCAUGUUCACACUGGAGAAAAAUCCUAUGAGUGUACUGACUGUGGGAAAUGUUUUAGGAACAAUAGUAACCUCCUAAACCACAAGAGAGUUCACACUGGAGAAAAGCCAUAUGAGUGUAGUGAUUGUGGGAAGUCCUUCAGGCAAAGCUCUCAACUCGCUGUACACCUCCGUGUUCACACUGGAGAAAAACCCUAUGAGUGUACUGACUGUGGGAAAUGUUUUAGGAACAAUAGUAACCUCCUUAACCACAAGAGAGUUCACAGUGGAGAAAAGCCAUAUCAAUGUAAUGAUUGUGGAAAGUCCUUUAGGCAAAGCUCUCAACUCACUGAACACCACCGUGUUCACACUCGAGAAAAACCCUAUGGGUGUACUGAUUGUGGGAAAUCUUUUAGCAGCAAUUAUAACCUCCUUUACCACAAUAGAGUUCACACUGGAGAAAAACCCUAUGAGUGUACUGUUUGUGGGAAAUUUUUUCGGAGCAAUAAUACACUCCUUAACCACAAGAGAGUUCACACUGGAGAAAAACCCUAUGAGUGUACUGAUUGUGGGAAAUCUUUUAGCAGCAAUAAUAACCUCCUUAACCACAAAAGAGUUCACACUGGAGAAAAACCCUAUGAGUGUACUGAUUGUGGGAACUCUUUUAUGAGCAAUAUUAUGCUCCUUAACCACAAGAGAGUUCACACUGGAGAAAAACCCUAUGAGUGUAGUGAUUGUGGGAAGUCUUUCAGCAGAAGCUGUUACCUCUCUGAACACAAGAGAAUUCACACUGGUGAAAAACCUUUUGAAUGUAGUGAUUGUGGGAAGUUCUUUAGACUGAAGGGGAACCUCACUCAACACCACAGAGUUCAUACCGGAGAAAAGCCAUAUGAGUGUAGUGAUUGUGGAAAGUCCUUCCGGCAAAGGAAUUCACUUAUUCUACACCAGAGAGUUCACACUGGUGAAAAACCUUAUGAGUGUAGUGAAUGUGGGAAAACUUUCAGGACCAGCAAUCAGCUCCUAAUCCACAAGAGAGUUCACACUGGUGUUUUAGCUGCAAACCUAGCCUUGUUAAACAUGAGAGUUCACAUUGGAGCAAAGCCUUAAAUAUGCCGGGGAUGUAUUAUCUUUCUCACUCUACAACACUGAAGGAGACUUAAAUCCAUUUACCUGAAUAUAAACCCCUUUUAUCUGAACAUACACUGUACAGAAUUCCUCAUAAGUUUGAGGUACAAGUGAGGUUUGAAGGAGCUGCAUUGCACUUGCUAACUUCCAAGGACUCCAACCUCAUUGAUGUCACUGCGAGUAUUUGUGGCUGAAGUAACCUCUACCACCUGGUUCACCUGAACACUGUGCAUCAGUCACCACCCCUGUGUGCUUAGGGAAAAGGAAUUCUGUGUUCUCCCUUGUGCUUAAGUGAAUUAGGAAUACUCCAAGCUUUUCGCAGGAUCUUCAUUCCGUUCCCUCUGACUAGGAAAUGCACCUGACCCAGGAUUCAUCCAAAUCCCCCAUUCUCAGCUAAGAAGUGCUACCUCUUUCAGGGACAUUGUGGUUCUCACCUUAUGCUGUGAUGAAUUGUUACAAACUGAUUGCUGUAUACUGCUCUAUGAUGUUUUUGUAAUUGUGAUUUUGUUUUUGUACCUUUAAUUUUGUUGGUUCUAUUCACUGCCUGGGUUGAUUUGAAAGCACAAUUGUGAUCUGUCAGCAUAGAGUUAACCGAUACUGUGGGAUUCCCAAACUUUCUGUGCUUCAGAAAGGAUAGCUUGAUGGCAGAAAAUCCUUCUUUGUCCAUUAUUCUUUGCAUUAAGGCCCAAGGCAUUGAAAUAAAGACCAUAUGACUUUGUGGUUGUAUUUUUGCAGGUUUGAUCCCCAGCCCCCCAUUUUGACUGGUGUGAGGCAUCCAGUCAUUGUGUUUCUCUCUCUCUCAUUCCCCUCCAACUCUCUCUUUAAAAAAGAAAAAACAACAAUACAUCCACCCUUCUUCGCUAAGAUGGGCCUCUGCCUGCACAGCCCACCUUCCCUUAUUGUUUCCUGCCUUUGCCCGGAAUGUUCCCCUCCAGGUGGGCACACUGUGUCCUGCCCAGGAGCUGGCAGAGAGGAGCCCAAGGCAAGGUUCUGGGAGGAAUUGGUGUUCUGUUUCUGC